UUAUUUAUUUUUUGGGAGCCACCUUUGACGGUUGGCAAAGGAAGAAAUCAGAAUAGCCUCCUUUGACAGCUCUUGCCUCCAAAAGCAUUUCCCUUUCUUUCCUUCUAUAUUUUCUCUUAUUACUCUCUCACUUGCAGAGAAAGACAUCAAAACACACAAAAAAAAAAAAAAAAAAAAAAAAAAAAAAAAAAAACUCUCUGCUCAAGUUACCUCAAAACCCAAUCAGAAACAAUUCUCUCAAGCCUGGGGGAAUCAAAGCAAACCAGAAAAACUCUCUGACAUAUAAGUAUACAUAUAUACAUAAGCACGUAUAUAUAUAUAUAUUUGGUACAACCACUUGCAUUUUCUGCAUUUCUCCUUAUCUGGGCUUGAUUUUUCUUUUCUUUUUUCUUUUUCAAAACUUCAUCAGCACAAAGAAGCUGCUUUUGAAAAAAAAAAAAGAAAAAAAAAAGAAGAGUGGAACUUUGCAUAGGAAAUGGUGCACUACCAGAGGUAUAACCAGUGGAGGAAAGCUCAAGGUUUUGAAGAAGAUGAAAAUGGUGUUGUUAUGGAUUGUUCAAACUCUGGUUAUUAUUACAAGAGAUCAAGGCCUAAGCUUGUCUCUCUCCUCCUUCUCUCUCUUCUCUCUUGCAUCUUUGUCUUAGCUCCUCACCUCUUUGGCUUUCCCUCCACUUUCUCUCUCCUGUAUUCACCUCAAGAUGAAAGUGAUUGCCUUUCUUCUGGUGUCGAUGCAAAAUCUUCUUGUUCUUCAGUUUCUGAUGGAACCAUAUGUUGUGACAGAAGCAGUAUUCGUUCUGAUGUUUGUGUAAUGAAAGGGGAUGUGAGAACACAAUCAGGCUCCUCUUCAAUUUUUCUCUACGGCUCCAGAGACAACAACAACAACAAAAACAGCUUCACCGACUUCAACUCGAGCAUCGUAGACGACGGUGGAGAAGGAGGAGAAACCAGAGAACUCCGGCACGAAAAGGUCAAACCGUAUACCCGAAAAUGGGAAGCAAGUGUCAUGGACACCAUUGAUGAGCUAAACCUUAUCUCAAGAAAAGACUCGAAAGGAAAAGACCAUGAGUGUGAUGUUUACCAUGAUGUUCCGGCAGUGUUUUUCUCUACAGGUGGAUAUACUGGCAAUGUUUACCAUGAAUUCAAUGAUGGGAUUAUUCCAUUGUAUAUCACAUCCCAGCGUUUCAAGAAGAAGGUCGUUUUUGUCAUCCUUGACUAUCACAAUUGGUGGGUGAUGAAGUAUGGAGAUGUCCUAAAACGUCUCUCAGAUUACAAGCCGAUCGAUUUCAAGGGAGACUUGAGAACUCAUUGCUUCCCGGAAGCCAUUGUUGGUCUCAAAAUCCAUGGAGAGCUAAGCGUGGAUCCCUUGUUGAUGGAAGGGAACAAGAGCAUCGUCGACUUUCGACAUGUUCUAGACCGGGCUUAUUGGCCGAGGAUCAAAGGCCUAAUUCGAGAUGAAGAGCGAAAAGCACGGGCGAGGUUGUCCCGAUCACCAGAGGCCUUGUUGAAGAUCGGUGAGUACAAACCGAAACUACUUAUUUUGUCGCGAAAUGGGUCAAGAUCAAUAACCAAUGAGGAUUUGCUUGUGAAAAUGGCGGAGGAGAUAGGGUUUAGGGUCAAAAUUCUGAGCCCCAAUCGGACAACAGAGUUGGCGAAGAUCUAUCGAGCUAUGAACUCGAGUGACAUGAUGAUCGGCGUUCACGGUGCUGCCAUGACACAUUCCCUCUUUAUGAGGCCAGGAUCAAUGUUCAUCCAAGUGAUUCCAUUAGGAACUGUUUGGGCUGCAGAGACUUACUAUGGUGAGCCUGCCAAAAAACUUGGCUUGAAGUACAUUGGCUACAAGAUUCUCACUAGAGAGAGCUCAUUAUAUGGCAAGUAUGAUACAAAUGAUCCUGUUCUUAGAGACCCAAGUAGUGUCACAAAAAAGGGGUGGCAAUUCACAAAGAGUAUAUAUCUUGAUGGCCAAAAUGUGAGACUUGAUUUGGGAAGAUUUAGAAAGCAUUUGGUUAAUGCUUAUGAGUAUUCUCUCUCUAGGAAGAACAUGAACCCUCAUCUUCAAUCAGGGUAAAUUUAAUGUUUUUAAUGUAAUUUGUAAAAAUUAUUCUUACUUUACAGUUCACAAAUUGAUUGAUCAUUUUGAAGGUUGUAAAUUUGGGGACAUAAAAUUAUGGAUAGGAAAAGAUUUGUUUGUAAUGUGUAGGAAUUGUUCUGAUGUUACGUAGGACUUUUGAUACAUGUAUUAUGUAUGUAAAUUGAGCAUUGUGAAAUAAGCUUCUUUUUGGCAAAAAGUUGGGAAUUUUUUUUGUACUCAAUAAUUGGGCGUUUGACUUCAAUUUUUG